UCCUCGCUAGCUGCCGUUGUUGCAGACGGUCGCUCCUCUUAUUUUGCCAGAUGCAGUAGCGAAAAAGUUCUAAAGAUGGAGUCAACCACGAGCAGCACUCCGGCCGCGUCGGAGUCUCUUCUCGCCGGCGUGUUGACGGGCGCCGCCUCUUCGGGCCGCAACACCCCUGCCACGGCCUCCACGUAUGGCAACGCCUUGUAUCCUAGCACCAGCAUUCACGGCUCACUGAAUUUACUCAACACACAGCUGGUUAUGAAUGCCCUACAGAGUGCUAAUGUCAGUCCUUCAGCUUUGUCAAAAUUUACAAGUGACGUUAACGCGCUUGGAGCAUUGUCUGCAGCUGACUUGGUUAACAUUCAGAAUACCAUGAAGAAUUUUAGCAUAACGACUAGUACGGGCUCAUUAGAUAACAGAGCUUCUCAUCCCUCUGAUGCCAGUUCUUCUAAAUCCAGUCAUAGCUCUUUCAACGCACAGGAAACCACUAAACAACCAUUCAUGUCGUCCUCUUCAAAGAGCGGCCAGAAAAAUGGGCGGUCUCCAUCCAGGAGUACGCGGCAAUCACCAUCUCUUGAUGCGUCGAGUAGUAUGUGGAAAAACUAUGAGCAGAAUUAUUCCAAGAUUCCGUCAGCAUCUGCCUUACCGGCUUCAACGGCGUCUUUAUCCUUGACCAAUGAUGGCGGCAGCAAGUUUAGCGCUGCAAUGUCGAAUCCGAUGCCAAGUUACUACAAGUCUUCAAAUAUAAUCAACUUUGAUGCCUAUAAUCCUUAUUCUAGAAGCAAUCAGACAGCUUUGUCAUCUUAUCUUUACGGUUUUCAAGAUUAUUUCAACAUUCCAAAUGCUCUAGGUACCGCCAACUCAGACGCAUCAGCGGACUAUAUGCGCUCUCCCGACGCCCAGCAACAUUUCAUCGAAAAACUUGCAUUACAGCAGCUCGAGGCUGCCGGUGCUGCGGAACUAGCUAAAAGUUACUCAAAGGCACACAGAAGUAAGCCACUUGUUACCUCAACUCCCGCGAAAACCAAUUCUUCAGACACCGCCUCUGCGAAGAAAGAGACUCUCCCGCAAGCUCGGUCUUCAUCAGAUUCCGGCACCGCCUUCGUGGAUGUUGGAAACAAACGCACAUCAUUUGACAACAUAACUGCCGCCAUCAAAUCUAUUUUUGAAAAGGGCGACAAGAUGGACAACGCCCUUGUCUCAUUGGUGUCAGACGACGGAGUGGUGGUGGACGCUCAUCAACUGCUCCUCGUCGCCGCUUCACCGUUCAUCAAGAAAGUCCUCAGCGAGUCGGAAGAUAUACGAAAUCUCGAUAAACCUAUCAUAGUCCUGCAAGGUACAAAAGGCACAGACGUGAAGGCGCUUGUGCAAGGGUUCUACACGGGACGCUUGCCGGAAGACAGCAACGUGACUGGUGUGAGAGCAGCUGCGCAAAUGCUUGGCCUACAUAGUCUGGAUGAAUACUUUCAGAGUUUACUGGAUGACCUCACCCGCAACUCGUCAUCCCGUCACAAGUCAGACUCUGUAUAUUCUCACCACUCUUCUAAACAGUCACCGUCAUCCUCAGGGUCAGCCACGUUCCCAAAGAAAGCUUCUGAAAGUCCGUUGUCCGUGUCAGAUGCCUUAAGUCACACCGAAAGUUUUUCGCCUUCUUCGGUGCCUUUCCAUCUCUCUGGAACAUCGGGCGAUGCAACUGAAAACAGGGGUUCCAAAAGAAAAAGUGAUGCCAGCCAUUCGCGAGCAAAGGUGCUAAAAUUAGAUUCCGCCUCCUCGGAAUCGAGUCCAUUGAAUCUUUCUAAGUCGAAUAUGAGCGAGGUCGAAGGGAGCAAAAGUGACGCACUUCAUACUCAUUCCCAACAACCAUCAUCUUCGCUUCCGCUAAACAUUGACUUCUCUAAAGUUCCGUCCUUUCCUGCCGCGAAUUAUGACUUGAAUGCUUGCAUUGCUGCUUAUAAUUCGUUAUUUGCCGCAAAUCAAUUACAGGAUUUAAUUCCAUCCGCAAACCUUACGCCAGCCGUCUUGGCCUCGCUCUUUGCUGGGACUGCAAAUGCCUUCGGUGGGCACACGACCUCUUCUUCCCCAUCAACUUCAAAGUCAAAGUCUUCAAGUUCACAGAGUAAAAACUCGAAGUCAUCGUCUUCAAAAUCAAACAAGAACAGUCGAAGUUACGACGCCAAAGAAUUCCUUAAAAGUUUGAAUGACAUCAAAUUGAUUCCUACUUCAGAACAGGAAAACACUUUGAAUGUUCUUGCCCAGCUCGAACUCCAGAAACAGCUACAGUUAAAUUUGGACCCUGCAACUGCAGCAGCUGUCAGCUGGCCAUUAUAUGAAGCAGCUGCUACGUCAUUUUCUCGCAAUAUCACAGAUCUCAGCAAUUGCAGCAAGGACUCUUCAGGAGCUCUCAACCUUAGCUUCGACACUCGGGAGGAUAGCAAGCCAGACAAGAAAGACCCGUCGCGCAUGGAAGCUGGCAGCGCUGCAACCGACAGCUUCAAGAAAACUUCUUCGGCAUGGUCGGGUAUUUCAGCCAACCUCGCCUCAACUCCAGUCUUCAACCGCGGCGUCAGUACUUACUACACCAACGUCCCUUCCACAAGCACUGAUGAUACUACAGCUUCGGCAUUGACUGCGCUGCAGAACGAGGAUCAGGCAAAUGGAAUCCUGAAUUCCUUCCUUCUGAACUCAAAUUCUUCGCUAAGCGCUCUGCAAGACAAGGCCUACCGCCCGGCCAAUUCAAAGACCCCCGAUGGUCAGAGUCUGAAUCCCUCGUCUUCGGUGACCCCUUCGGUGCCAGGACAUUCAGGGUCUCCUGUAGAGGAUGGCAUCGAGGACAUUAUCGAGGUUCUGUCCGAGGAUAACGGAGCCUCGCUCUCAGCGUUCUCAGGGGACGCUGCUAAGCUCCUCUACAAUGCAGCGAAUAGUCGCCGUCGGAGCAAACGCUGUAAUGUGUGCAAAGGCUGCAUUACGAGUGAAGAUUGUGGAGCUUGUCGGUAUUGCCUCGACAAGGCGAAGUUUGGAGGCCCCAACAAACUGAAGCAAGUCUGCAAGGAAAAGCGCUGUGUCUAUGAAUUGAAAGAGAAGCCCCGUUAUCGGUGCGGUCAUUGCAUUCCUUGCCGCACUACCACAGAUUGUGGAGAGUGCAAUGCUUGCCUUCAUAAUAAGACAAAUGGCCUCGCAGGACCGAAAAAACAAACAUGCGAGAUGCAGUUCUGCGAUUACAUUCAAAUGGAGGAAUUCAAGGCAACGCAGAGCAACUGCAAUGCCAUCUCGCAAUUCUCCGCAGAGUUUGCAAGGUCGGAGGCGCACACGACAGCUGCCGCCGCCAUAGCUGCUGCCUCUUCGAACUGCGAUUCUCCGGACUCGAUGCUUUCUGCCAGCAAGAAAAGCCACAAGAACAUCAACAAGAAAAAUAAGCAAAAGCUUGGCAAGGAUGGCAAACCCGUUCCUGUGAAACCUGGGCGCAUGAAGUAUCAAUGUAACCGCUGCUACGGUUGCUCCACUGACUUGUGUUGCAAAAGCUGCAUUUAUUGCGUCGACAUGCCGAAGUACGGAGGAGGCGGUCGCUUCAGACAGAAAUGCCUGCGUCGUCUGUGCAUCUCACAUCCUCGUCUGCUGUCUAACAAAAUGCCCUCCGGGACCGACGCCGAUUGCCCUUCUCCGGACGUUCUUGAAGCUCUCUUGGAGCCGUAUAAACUCAAUAUGGAUGCUGCUGGUGUCGCCAAAACGUCCGUGAUUAACUUCUUGCGACUACACUACAAGCGCGAAGAAAGCAAUCUAGAAAAACAGAUUGCAAAAACUCUCGAAGUUUUAGAUUUCUUGUCGAAGAGGCUACCUGAUGAUGCAGCCAGCUGCGACAUGGACCUAAAGGAAGAGAGGGCUGAGACUCCAGACCAAGGGGACUAUUUGAACGACCUCUAUAGACGGUCAGGCAGCGCUUCAGGUAGCACCCCUGAGCCUUCCGACAGUCUAGGAGCUCCUUGUUCUUCGCGUUCAAUGAAUUCCUUCGACAAAAACCGCCAACUUCCUGAGUUGAGACCAAUAUCUGGGGCAUCAUCUGGUAUUAUUGACUACGCCAGUGAUGCGUCAACCUCAUUAGCCCCGUCUGUUGUAUCGUCAGUUUUCAGUACCGUUCCUGAAAAUUAUUUGGCUACUGCCACUGCGGCAGGAAACGGUUUGAGUGAAUCUGAACUAGCCUCUGUUGCGGCCUUUCAGAGACAAUUUCAGAUGCAGCAGUUAGACCUGCUGGCUCUUCAACAAAGUCAAGUUGCGUCCAUUCCAUCAGAAAUCGAGAUAACUGAGGUCGGUGAAGCCCCAGGAGAUGAGAGUCAAGGAGAAACUGACGUUGACAUCGAAAAGAUAGAAGCCGAUGCCACCGAUUUGGCGACUGAUCUCACAGCCAAGACAGUAACAGAACCGGAGGUUGAUGUUGACGUUACUGUUCUGCAACCCGAUGCUGAGGAAGAGAAGUCCAAUCCCAAUGUCGUCCAUGACGAUAUGUCUAUAGUCGAAGACAAAGCUCAGCCACUAGAUGCCAGUCCUGAGGUCACUGUCAUUUCUAACGAAGAGCCUAAAAUAAACGAGAUUCCCGAAGAAAAAAUAGAUCCAAUUAUGCCAUCUGAAGACAUGGUCGUUGAUGAACCAAAAAGCAACAACUUGCCGAAAUCUCGCUGUUCUUCUCGAGCAUUAAGAACUUCAGAUUCUCGAGGCCGUGCAUCUCGUUCAAGUUCUGAUAAUUCAACAUCUCCACCGCAACGACGUUCACGUUUGCGGGAACUUCCAGCCAGGCGUGGGAAGAGGAGGAGGACCACGAGAUAUUCUUCAGGUUACUGCGAUGAUUCUGAAAAUGAUGAACUCUUUGACGAUCAAGGCUUGGCCAGUACCGUGAACUCAGACGGCGACGAAGAACUUUUAAAAGUCGGUAGUGAAGAUGAAGAAGAAGAGGACGAUGCCAGGACAGCCGACAUUCAGGCUGCAGUCCAAGACGUUCUAGAACAUCAACUCGCCGAGGAAGAAAUUAAGAGGACAUCCAAAGAGAAAACGGAUCUCACACAAAACGAUGUAGCUGAAACUGACACAUUUUGCACUACCAACGAUGAGCUGAAGGCAGCCAGAAAAUCAGAUCUGCGUGCGAACGUGACUGCGAAUCACAUUAAGGAAGCGAUCAUCACAAAUGAUGCCAACGGUAAUACAGAUAUUUCUUUUGGUGAUCGAAAAUUUCCGAAGGAUGAUUCUUCCGCUACGUAUCUCAAUGGACCUUUUAAUGCUUUGAACAAAGUAAAUGUGUCGGGCAAAGCAGAUACUGAAGGGAAACGGACUAAUUUAAGCAAGGGUUGCGAUCCACCUCCUGUGCCGAAACUCAAACUGAGAUUUACCAAUGGCCCAAUGUCCGUCGAAAAGAUCGGUACCUAUGAUGUUAACGGCGUGGAGUCGUAACAUCGCCAAUGGUUUGUAGCUAGCCUGAACAAGUUUGACGAAGUCGAGUAUACGCCUAGUAAAGUUGAAAAGCAGCUGCUAUUUCUUAUUCAUACAAUCGUAACGCCAUUUUUGUUUCACGUGAAGAAUAUUAAAUCUUUCGAAUGGAAUUUUCAAUUGCUAACGAUUUCUUCCCCUCGAUUUUUUUUUCUUGAUCUCGAUGAGUAUGCUGUGCCAUUUUGUUUCAU